GCCCGCCCGCCCGCUCGCGGCCAGCCUCGUGGCGGCUUCGCGGAGCCCACGGUCACCUGCGCGCAGACCUAGGGGACGGCUCCCCACUUUCCCCGGAGCCGCCGGGAAGAGCGUGCACUUUCCGUAGAGAACUGAACGGUGCUGCUGAGUGGCUCUAACCGGAUGGUGAAGGGGAGAAGUGGUCCCGGAAUUCCAAAAUGUGCUGCUUGGUAUUGGGGUGAAUGCUGGAAGAUCAGAGAAGCAGAACAAGCCACAGCUACCUCACCUCGCCAGUUCCUCAGCUGAUCCUGUUUCCUCAGACUGGAAGCUUCUGUGUCCUCAUCCAAAUGGAUCUCAGCUGAACUGUGCUGCUCAAAGCCUAAUAGCUUAACCAGCCAAAUGCUUCUAGUUUCUGGUCUUCACGCCUUAUAUACCUUUCUGCUUUCUGCCAUCACUCCCUGGGAUUAAAGGCUCACUUCUUGGGAUUAAAGGCGUGUGUCACCGUGCCUGGCUGUUUCCAAUGUGGCCUUGAACCUCUGGAAUGCUAGGAUUAAAGGUCACCAGUAUGCAUGAACGAGUGAACCGAACAGAAAGACAGUUUCGAUCACUUCCAGAUAACCAACAGAAACUGCUUCCUCAGUUUCCUCUUCACUUGGACAAGAUCCGGAAAUGCAUUGACCAUAAUCAGGAGAUACUGCUGACCAUUGUGAAUGAUUGCAUACAUAUGUUUGAAAAUAAAGAAUAUGGAGAAGAUGGCAAUGGAAAGAUUAUGCCAGCAUCUACAUUUGACAUGGAUAAGUUAAAGUCUACAUUGAAACAGUUUGUAAGAGACUGGAGUGAAACUGGGAAAACAGAAAGGGAUGCCUGCUAUAAGCCAAUCAUAAAAGAAAUUAUAAAAAACUUUCCAAAAGAGAGAUGGGAUCCUUCUAAAGUAAAUAUUCUGGUACCUGGUGCUGGACUAGGAAGAUUGGCCUGGGAAAUAGCUAUGCUAGGUUAUGCUUGUCAAGGAAAUGAAUGGAGUUUUUUUAUGCUCUUUUCUUCCAACUUUGUACUGAACAGAUGUUCUGAAAUUAACAAAUAUAAACUUUAUCCCUGGAUCCAUCAGUUUAGUAAUAAUCGGAGAUCAGCUGAUCAGAUUCGACCCAUUUUUUUCCCUGAUGUUGACCCCCACAGUCUUCCUCCAGGUUCUAACUUUUCGAUGACAGCAGGAGACUUUCAGGAGAUUUACUCAGAAUGCAAUACCUGGGACUGUAUUGCCACCUGCUUCUUCAUAGACACAGCUCACAAUGUAAUUGAUUAUAUCGAUACCAUAUGGAGAAUACUCAAGCCAGGUGGAAUUUGGAUAAACCUUGGUCCUCUACUGUACCAUUUUGAAAAUCUGGCCAAUGAACUGUCUAUAGAAUUGAGCUAUGAGGAUAUUAAAAAUGUUGUUCUUCAGUAUGGAUUCCAGCUGGAGGUGGAAAAAGAAUCUGUAUUGUCAACAUAUACUGUGAAUGAUCUCUCUAUGAUGAAAUACUACUAUGAAUGUGUUUUGUUUGUGGUCCGGAAACCACAGUAAUGGUCUUAAGUGAUAUUACUCAGAAAAAAGUUUAAUAUGAGCAAAUGCUGAAAUAAACAACUCACAGUCAACUAUCAGUGACAACAGGACACAACCUCAAAUCAGUGGUGCCUUCUUAUUCCUAACAAAAUUUAGAAAUAGUGUCUAUUUUCUUAAUAUCUAUUGCCUUUUUCAGAAAUAUACUAUACCAUGCAGAUUCAUACUGCACAAGAAAAAAAAUGGAGAAAAUGUCUCCCAUGCAGAUAUAUAAUGGAGGAAAUAUCUUCAAGUACUUUUUUCUUUGAAGCCCAGAAUUGUCUUUCUUUAAGAAAAUAAACCUAAACUCCAGUCUUCAUGAAGCUGUUACAAGUCUGACAUAUUAAUGACUGAUAAUGCUAAAGUCCAUACUAAUCUCCUUUUUGGGUUUUACAUUACCUGUGUUACUUUUAGAAGAGUCCAAGGAUCCUCUGUCAUAUUUAGCAUCUGGAACUGGAACUCUGUUCUCAUUGGACCUACGUAAUCUAUACUUAAAGAAUUUUGAAACUGUUCUUCCAGUAGUUUCAUUCAAAUUCGGGACUUUUUUUUCCUUACCUCAGCUGAAUUUAGAGAGGCAUCAGAUAUGUCUUCUAUGAAGUAUUUAUUCAGUUGUAUCACAGGUGAAAAUUCAAUGAAAUAUAUCAACAGAGAAAUUCAGUCUUUAUCCAUGCUAAACUGAAUCUUAUAGAAAUUCCUGGAUCCCUUUAAAAUAUGUAAGAUAUAAACAUUCAGAAACACAAAAGUUUUUUUCUUUCUUUUUUUUUAAGCAGUGUUGAGUAACUGGGAAAAUAAGAAUAAAAUCUGCCCAUCUGAAACAUAACUUCAAAUUAGAAAUGAGUUAUAAAGUUUGUCAGUGUAAUGUUUACAAUGAUGUCUUUUAUUAAGUAUGUGGCUUAUGAAAGCAAGCACUUUUUUUUUUUAGUUAAAGUGUAUUUUAGUAAAAACUGUCAUGAUAGAAUUAACGUGAGAAGUUUGAGUAUGAAAUUCAGGGAUAAGUUAAUGCCCAUGGUCUGUGUCUUCAAUAUCCUAGGCAGCAACUAUUCAUGGAAUUUCGGAUUAAUAACAGUUUUGUCCCUGAUAGAGUUGGAGUUUAAACAGUGUGUGUGCUGCUUUAAUUUUCUACCUCUAGGGAGGCCUGUUUGGGAGGGAGUUGUUGCUGUUAAUUUUAACGUUGGUUAUUCCGUUUCCAUUAGCUAGGAAAGCAAAGAUGACUGAUACUUUAACUUCUACAAGAAAAGAAAGCUCUUGCUGAAUAUUUCACAGAUGGUUAUGACCUCUGUGACAUUUGGAUUAGAUGGAUUUAAUAUAUGCUGGUGGUUGAACUGCCAUGUUGCCAUGCUUUAAUAGGAAGCCUUACUGUACGUCUUCAGGCCUUUGUGUUGCUUAGGUUGGGGAGUCUGUAGGAUCUGCUCUUUCUGGUUGGAGUUCUACACAGUGUGGGACUUUUUCUCAUCUGCCCUCCCCGAUGCAGUACAUGGCUCCAUGGAGUGAAUUUUACUUUGGCCAUGUAAAUACAUAGUCUCCUUACCUUUUAAAAUUAUUUCUUCUUCUUCCAGUGUUCAGUACUUCAUAAAUGUUCAUUUGGUAAAGAAAUUCUCAUUACUUACUAUUUGCAAGGGUGAAAAAAUCUCCCAGAAUUAUUUUUUUAACAAAAAAAAAUUUAAAGAAAUGUAUUUUAAAAGACAUUGAAGAGCAAGGAAUGCAUGUUUUUGGUUUUGUUUUGUUUUUUUUUUUUUGUUAUUUAGGAAUGCUUUUUAUUCAUUUUGUAGUGUUUUUUUAUAGCCUGGUUUUGUUUUUCUUACAAAGACAAGAAUAGACUGUCACCACUGGGUUGGUUUUGUUACCUAGAGUUUUUUCUUUUCUGUCAUGUUUUACUCUUUAAUAAUAUUACUUACAUUUCUAAAUUAUAUAUUUUACUUAACUCUGAAAUCAGUUAUUUCAUUUAUUUCUAGUUUUCCUCAUAUCAUGAAUGUUUUAAAAAUAUUCCUUAUAAAUUUGCAUCACUCUUUUCUCUUGUGGCUUUUGAAGUUAAUAUAUUCUAAAUGUGGAAAUGUGGUAUAAAUCAAUAGAAGUGUCACUGGAGGAGCUUAGUUUUUUAUUUUUUUAUAUUUAGGUCUAUUGAAGUGUGUAAGCCUUAAGUUUUAAGUUCUUUUUCUUUUUUUUUUUUUUUGGUUUUUCGAGACAGGGUUUCUCUGUGUAGCUUUGCGCCUCUCCUGGAACUCACUUGGUAGCCCAGGCUGGCCUCGAACUCACAGAGAUCCGCCUGGCUCUGCCUCCCGAGUGCUGGGAUUAAAGGCGUGCGCCACCACCGCCCGGCUUAAGUUCUUUUUCUUAAAUUUGCUCUAUACACAAAUGUUUUCAUCUUCAUAAGGUGAUCAUGUGCUUGCUGUUUUUAAAUUUCAACUUUCUGAAGUGGUGCAAAUUUAGGUUCUGAUCAAUGAGCAAGAUAGGGCAUAUAAAAUAUACAGGGAAGCUGCAGAAAUGACAGUAUGAAAUAAUCAAGUUUGAGAACUGUAAAGUAUAUGGUAUUUAUAUGUAAUUCACAUUCUAAACAUUGCCAGAAGGUUGAAUUGGAAGCUUCAUGUCUGCAUGAAAUUUCCUAUAUUUUUAAUGUGUAUAUGGACUUAAUUUUUCUUAAAUAUUAAAGUCUGCCAAUUGCUAUAACAGUUUUUGUUGGUUGUUUCCCUCUGUGUAAUGAUGGCCAUAAUGGAAAUAUUAUUUAAUCACAUUCUUUUCAACUCUGUUAUCCUAAUUUUUGUAUGCUUUUAGAAAGUUAGUUAUAGUGAGUAUUUGACCUUUGAGUUUGCCAAGGUGGGUAGUAGUUACUUUCUUCACAUUGUUUCAUUCAUGUUCGCUAUCGUGAAUUGUGAAUCCCCCAAGGAAAAGGAUUAGUCUUGACAAAGGCUAAUUGCAAAAAAAAGUUCCAGGAUGAGCAUUUUUAUCAUCUGGGUUCAUUUUCCUUAACUCUUCCUUAUCACUGGGGGUGGGGAGCAGUCUCUGAAGACUUUUGGCAGAGGCCUCCACGAGUGUCUCAGCAGAAGCCUACUGGGGAGGACUUUACACUUUAUUGUGACUUGGUAUUUUCUCCACUCCUGGUCCUUUCUGUCCUCUGUACUAUCAAUUUUCUGUUACUAUGACAACGUGCCUUUAAAGUAAAAAGGAUGGUGGGUUUAUUGUUUCGUCUCA